ACGCCCCCUCUACACGUUGCCGGAGAGAACCGGAAGAGAUUGCGCAGCCCCUUGUUCUUAGACCCGGAAGUAGACGUACCUCACGGAAGCCGGCUUUGGCCCUGCGGCUGCUGCCGUCGCCGCGGAGGAAUUGUUGGAGCUGGCAGCCCAGGAAUGAAUCUUCUCUCGGCCUCUAAACUCACAUGGUCAGAUUCCUUGGAUGAGCCUGUGGGAACCUUCCUCCUAGCCCUGUGGUUUGGAACCAGUGGCUUUGGGACUGUAAGAGAAUGGACAAAGGUAGUAUGAGGCCGGGCCAGCUCCCCAAAUGCUCGGGCGCCAAGCAUCAGCUGAUUCCACCCUGUGCCUGGCACGUGUGUCUUUCCAUCCUGGCUGGGCAUUGCCACCUCCCCCUGGGCCAGCACUACCCACGUACCUCUCGGCAGAGGCCACAAUUGACUGACUUGCUGUUGAGCUGCCGCUCUUUGGCAUGGCUGCAUUUUGAUGGCAGAGGGAGCAGUUAUGCCUAGAGCCCGGUGUGUCGGCAUCACCAGUCUGACCUGAGCACCAUGUGCUGCACGACAUGACACGUGGCACCGGGAGAACUGCCCAGCGUGGAAGGUCUGGGCCAGAUUCUCAGGGGCUGCUAGAUUCAUCCCUGAUGGCAUCAGGCACUGCCAGCCGCUCAGAGGAUGAGGAGUCACUGGCAGGGCAGAAGCGGACCUCCUCCCAGGCCUUGGGCACUAUCCCUAAACGGAGAAGCUCCUCCAGGUUCAUCAAGAGGAAGAAGUUUGAUGAUGAGCUGGUGGAGAGCAGCCUGGCUAAGUCCACUACCCGGGCGAAGGGGGCCAGUGGGGUGGAACCAGGGCGCUGCUCAGGGAGUGAACCCUCUUCCAGUGAGAAGAAGAAGGUGUCCAAAGCACCGAGCACUCCUGUGCCGCCCAGCCCAGCCCCUGCCCCUGGACUCACCAAACGUGUGAAGAAGAGCAAACAGCCACUUCAGGUGACCAAGGAUCUAGGUCGCUGGAAGCCUGCGGAUGACCUCUUGCUCAUCAACGCUGUGCUGCAGACCAACGACCUGACAUCUGUCCACCUGGGUGUGAAGUUCAGCUGCCGCUUCACCCUUCGGGAGGUCCAGGAGCGCUGGUAUGCCCUGCUCUACGAUCCUGUCAUCUCCAAGCUGGCCUGCCAGGCCAUGAGACAGCUGCACCCAGAAGCCAUUGCUGCCAUCCAGAGCAAGGCACUGUUUAGCAAGGCUGAGGAGCAGCUGCUAAGCAAAGUGGGAUCGACCAGCCAGCCCACCUUGGAGACUUUCCAGGACCUGCUGCACAGACACCCCGAUGCCUUCUACUUGGCCCGCACUGCCAAGGCUCUGCAGGCCCACUGGCAGCUCAUGAAGCAGUAUUACCUGCUGGAGGACCAGACAGUGCAGCCGCUGCCCAAGGGGGACCAAGUGCUGAACUUCUCUGACGCAGAGGACCUGAUUGAUGACAGUAAGCUCAAGGACAUGCGAGAUGAGGUCCUCGAACAUGAGCUCACAGUGGCAGACCGGCGCCAGAAACGAGAGAUUCGGCAGCUGGAACAGGAGCUUCAUAAGUGGCAGGUGCUAGUAGACAGCAUCACAGGCAUGAGCUCUCCAGACUUUGACAACCAGACGCUGGCCGUGUUACGGGGACGCAUGGUGCGGUACCUGAUGCGCUCGCGAGAGAUCACCCUGGGCAGAGCAACCAAGGACAACCAGAUUGAUGUGGACCUGUCUCUGGAGGGUCCAGCCUGGAAGAUCUCCCGGAAGCAAGGUGUCAUCAAGCUGAAAAACAAUGGUGAUUUCUUCAUUGCCAAUGAGGGCCGGCGGCCCAUCUACAUUGACGGGCGUCCUGUGCUUUGUGGCUCCAAAUGGCGCCUCAGCAAUAACUCUGUGGUGGAGAUUGCCAGCCUGCGAUUUGUCUUCCUCAUCAACCAGGACCUCAUUGCCCUUAUUCGGGCUGAGGCUGCCAAGAUCACACCACAGUGAGGAGUGGUGGCAGGACCCUUGGGCUCUUUCUGGCCUCAGUUUCUCCUGCCAUUCCAGCCCUCUGGAGCUGGGAACUCAAAUUCCUGGAAAAACCAGUGGCCAGUGGGAGAUUUGGCUGCUGGACUGUUGAUCUGAGCCUCUGUAGGAGGGUGGGGCUGCCUCUAGGGAAGGCUUUAGAGGCUGGGACCCGUGGGCUUCCUUAGAGCCAGAGCCUCUUCCUUCUCCUCUCUUUGCAGACCACCUUACCCACUUCCCUCAGAGUCCUACCUUCACCCGUGUCUGCAGCUGAUAAGCUUCAGACUUUUCCUUUAUUUUUUCUUUGUAAAUAAAAAGCACCGAGUUCCAAA